CAAUAUCAACAUGGCGACGUUCAUGAGAGCAAGGCGACUGCUCUUUUCUGCUGAUGUUCUUCUGCAAGGAAGGAAUAACGGAAAUUGGAUUAAAUCAUGCAGGAACUUAUCAGGUGGUUCUCCAGCCCCAAUCAGCAAAGUGCUUAUUGCCAACCGUGGAGAGAUUGCCUGUCGUGUGAUACGCUCAGCUCGUAAACUAGGCAUCCAGACGGUGGCCGUGUACAGCGAUGCCGACAAGAACUCAAUGCAUGUUGCAAUGGCGGACGAGGCGUACCGCAUCGGGCCAGCUGCCUCUCAGCUGAGUUACCUCAAUAAGCAGCGUAUCAUCGAUGUCGCUAAGGCCUCGGGGGCUCAGGCAAUCCACCCAGGGUACGGAUUCCUCUCAGAGAACACAGAGUUUGCCGAUCUGUGCGAUCAGGAAGGAGUCAUUUUUGUUGGGCCGCCGUCGUCCGCUAUCAGAGAUAUGGGAAUCAAAAGCACAUCAAAAGGCAUCAUGUCAGCGGCUGGAGUGCCAAUCAUUGAAGGUUACCAUGGCGAGGACCAAUCAGUGGAAAGAUUGAGGGCGGAGUCAGAGAAGAUUGGGUAUCCUGUGAUGCUCAAGGCGGUCCGAGGGGGCGGUGGUAAGGGUAUGCGCAUCGUGAUGACAGCGGAUGAUUUUGAUGAGGCCCUGGACUCUGCCCGAAGAGAAGCUCUGAAAUCCUUUGAUGAUGACGUCAUGCUUGUGGAGAAAUUUGUGGAGACACCAAGGCACGUUGAGGUACAAGUGUUUGGUGACAAACACGGCAAUUAUGUCUACCUGUUUGAGAGAGACUGUAGCGUUCAGAGACGACACCAGAAGAUUAUUGAAGAAGCACCUGCGCCUGGACUUCCUGAGGAAGUACGGAGGAGUAUAGGAGAGGCAGCUGUGAGAGCAGCAAGGGCCGUCAACUACGUAGGAGCAGGUACCGUGGAGUUCAUCAUGGACAGUAAGAAAAAUUUCUACUUCAUGGAGAUGAACACAAGACUUCAAGUGGAGCAUCCAGUCACUGAGAUGGUAACGGCAACGGACCUGGUAGAAUGGCAACUAAAGGUUGCCGGUGGUGACCCUCUUCCUCUCAGCCAAUCAGAGCUCCGCCUUCACGGCCACGCCUUUGAGGCUAGGAUCUACGCUGAAGAUCCUGAUAAUAACUUCUUACCAGGCGCUGGACCCUUAGUCCAUCUAUCACCCCCUGAAGCAGACGAGACAGUGAGGAUAGAGACUGGUGUCAGGCAGGGUGAUGAGGUCAGCACAUUUUAUGAUCCGAUGAUUGCUAAGCUGGUGGUUUGGUCAACGGAUAGGACGAGUGCCUUGGAAAAACUUAGAAAAGCUCUCAGAAAUUAUCAUAUCGUUGGUCUAAAAACAAACAUCAGGUUUCUAGACGACCUGGCCAAGCAUCCAGAAUUCAUUCAGGCCAACGUACACACAGGUUUUAUUCCGCUACACGAAGAUGAACUGUUAAAGAAGAAGGGCGCCCUCAAUAGUCGGACAUUGUGCCAGGCUUCAAUAGCCAUGAUUCUCUUCGAACAGGACAGGGGUCAGAAAGAGGCUGUUUCAACCGGAGAUCCCUUUUCGCCCUUUGCCCUCGGAAGUGGUGUACGAGUCAACGAGGAUCUGAGCAGGAAGAUUACAUUCACCGGUAAAGACGAUGAGACGAUUGAUGUCAUGGUGACUUACGGAUCGCAAGGAAACUUCAUGGUCAAGGUUGGUGAGGAAACGUUUGACUUCCAAGGCAAACUCACAGCAGUGGAGGAUAAUUCCGCACAGCUAGUUGGGACAAUCAACGGGGUGAAAUCAGAGACAAAAGUUGUGAUGUACGAGGGCGCUGUUCACCUCUUCGCAGAGGUUGGUGGGGUUGAGGCGACCCAACCUGUGCCAGAGUACCUUGGCGAAUCCAGCUCAGGUACCAUGGGCGACCGAGCUCCAAUGCAGGGCGACAUUACGCACCUCUACGUUGAGGCAGGAGCUGUUGUGGAGAAAGGGGACCCACUACUGGCCCUCGAGUCUAUGAAAAUGGAGUAUGUGAUCCGCGCUCCAAAGAAAGGAACAAUAGAGAGGAUCUUGGUUGCCAAGGGAGACAACGUACAGAAGAACGCACCACUGGUCGUCUUCAACGAAGAAAAGUAGCGAAAAUGCAAAGAGUAGGCUAAACCACAUUACUCUUGUCAUCUUGCGAGACAAAACCAUAAAGUCUAGGCAGAAUGUCAUGAAGCUGUUAAGCUGAAAAGUCUGUUAAGCAGAUUUCUUUGCUAAGCAAAGAAGUUAGUGGGGUACCAGUCACAGCAACAGUAAAUGGAUGGCGUUUUGGCUGGUAGCAUAUUUUUUGCUGAUCAAGAUUUUUUCUGCUUAGCAAGCUUUUGUGCUUACAUGUUUGUGGAAUUAGGCCCUGGUCUAUAUAUCAGGAAAUUGCGAUGCUAGUUUUGGCAUCACAAGUCUACACAGCAGCUACAUGUAGCAGUUGUAUGUAUACCUUCUGACUGGCCCCACACAAAGAAAUCAACAAUAUAUGGAGAACCAUCAAAAUAGGGCUAGACAGCUCAAUUGGUCAGGCAUGAGGUUUGGUCCUUGGAAAAAAAGUAGGAAAAUAAUUCUUUGGCUGAACUACUUGUUCAUAUGGUGUAUGGUUUUAUUUAUUUUUCAGGCUAUAUAAUCACUAUUUCCUUUUUCCUAUUUUCCAACUGUACAAGGGCAAAACAAAUCAUAAAUGAGUUAAAGCCGUUGGACACUUUGGUAAACAGUAUUGUCCAAAGGCCCACACU